AUGUUGGCGUGCCUCUCCCAGUCCUCCUACCUGAAGGCACAAGGUGGAACCUCUGGUUCUCAGCGACUCAGCGACUGUAUCAGCAGUAAUUCCGUUGCAGACGGCGUCACCCCUGCUACGACAGCGGGACAAGGCAAGGCCUGGGGCAGGCCCGACGGUGUUGACAAGGUCAUGGAAGCAAGCUGCAAGUCACCCACAGCCCAGCCUGCAACGAGCCUUCAACGAGCCUUCCUUCUCAGACCGGGAAAUGCCCUUGGCCGCGGCUGUUUGGUUAUCUAUAUGACUGUAAAGGGGACAGGUCGCCAGGGACGGCGACACCCCGGCGUAACCGCCGGCGACGUCGUCGACGUCGCCGAGUGGACCGAGUACAAGGGGACACACACCUGCACCCGGCCAUGA